AUGUCGCGCGAGCUCGACGCGUCCCCGCGCGCGGACGCGGACGCCGCGCUCGACGACGAGGACGACGACGCCGGGAACGAGCGAUUGAGCACGGGGAUCACGAAGACGCUGAUCGAGUCCGUCGCGGUGGACGGCGUCGUGAUCGUGACGUGGGCGAACGAUCACUACCGCGAUUUCGCCGAGUUUUGGUGCGCGCGUCUCAAGUCCCUCGGCCUCCAAAACUACAUGGUCGGCGCCAUGGACGAGAGCCUCCACGCGCGCAUGGAGGAGCUGAAAGUCCCGACGUGGCUCAUGGGGUCUCGAGGGAUCCAGAAGGACGUCGUGAAGGAAGACUUCGGGUGGGGGAGCGCCAACUUUCAUCGCAUGGGCCGGGAUAAGAUUCGGCUCAUUCGCGACUUCACGAAAGUCGAGGGCGUCAGCGUGCUGAUAUCCGACAUCGACGUCGCGUGGUUGCGAGACCCGCUGCCGUAUUUUAAACGGUAUCCCACCGCGGACAUGCUCGUGUCGUCGGACACGACGUUGAAAACGAUCGAAUCCGCCGCCGACGCCGCCGCCGACGCCGCCGCCGUCGCGGACGACGCGGACGACGACGACGGCCUGGACUCGCACCCGUGCAACGCGGCGUCCAACAUCGGGAUCAUGUUCUUCCGUCCCACCCCCGGCUCGCGCGCGCUGACCGAGGAGUGGGUGAAGACGAUCGAGGCGGAUGAAUCCGUGUGGGACCAAAACGCGUUCAACGACUUGAAAUCCAAAGGCGGCGCGUGUCAGUCGUCGCCGGACGCGCACGGCCUCCUCAAGGCGUACAACGGGACCGUCACCCUCGGCGCGCUGCCCGUGUCGCAGUUUGGCAACGGGCACACGUUCCACGCGCAGCGGACGCACAGCCAGCGAAAGAAGGCGCCGUUCGCGGUGCACAACACGUUUCAAUUCGGAGGCACGCCGGGGAAACGGCAUCGGAUGCGCGAGGCCAACGCGUGGCUCGGGGACGCGGCCCGCGGGUACUUUGACCUCGUCGGCGGCGAAGGCGCGGGCCCGCUCGCGAACAAGGAGAACAAGCCCAAGUCCGGGUACAUGAGCUACACGCCGCGCGCGCACUUCGACCUCGUGGAGUUUCAGCUGGAGCAGAUGAAGAUCGCGUUCGCGAUCGCGCAGGCGCUGAACCGCGUGCUCAUCAUGCCGCCGGUGCUGUGCGGGUUGGACCGCGCGUGGUUUCCGCAUUACGGCAGGUUCCCAGGGUCGAGGUUCGAGCUCCCGUUCGUGUGCCCUCUGGAUCACGUCGUGGACUUGGAGAAGUCGGACGCGAGCAAGUUCAGGGAGGCGACGUUUCUGACGCACCCGGAGAUUCCGGAGGAGGUGAAGCGCAGCGUCGCGAUCGUCGAGAACGACCUGAUGGAGGGCUCGUUCGGCGACGCGCCGAUGCCUCUCAACUUGAGUUACUGCGUCGCGGGCGCCGGCGCGGGCGCCGACGCGGGGGGAAGCGACGGCGGGGUCACGAGAGAGAGGGAGGCGUGCGGGUGGUUCGGCGUGCUCCACGACGCGUCCAUCGUGAAGCGCCGCGCGCUCGUCAAGAUCUCCGGGAUCGUCGACCCGAUGACGUUCGAGGAGCUGAGCGCGUCCAUCGCGGGCGUGCGAAGUUCGAAGGUGUUGCACUUCACCUCGGUGACGCCCUUCUUGGAGGGGAAGCCGCGGAGCGCGACGGCGUGGAGCGCGAAGUGGAAGCCGGACGCGGACAAGGCGAUCCAGCUCGGGGAGUGGUGCUGCGCGGAGGACGGCUCGAGGAAGUACGAGACGACGUAUUAGAUGAUGGAUGACGAAGAAGAAGGCUGGGAGAGGGAGACGAGCGCGAGCUCUUCGACGACGAUUUCAUUUUCAUUUCAUUAUUUCGCGGAC